AUGGCCGAUAGCAGCAUUUUAGAGUUACAGAGAAGAUGCCACGAGGAAAGGGAGAGAUUAGUAGAUGCCAUGAUGAAAGAAGCCAUGUUCCAAAAGAAAUCAUUGAGAGACCAGAUAAAUUCUGAUUACAGACAAAAAGUUCUUCUAGAGAGAUCAUUAGAAAAUGUCCAAGAACUGAAGGAUCUGUACGAAGAUAAGGACGGACUACGCAAAGAAGAAAUUGCAGCUCUGUCCGGUCCAAAUGAGUUCACUGAGUUCUACAACAGAUUAAAAUCCAUUAAGGAUUUUCACAGGAAACACCCAAAUGAAAUCUGUGUGCCAAUGUCCAUUGAGUUUGAUGAAUUGGCCAAAAUUAGAGAAAAUCCAUCUGAUGAAAUGCAAGAUCUCGUUCAGUUCACAGAUGAAGAGGGUUAUGGCAAGUACCUGGACAUGCAUGAGUGCUACAAUAAGUACAUCAACUUGAAAGGAGUUGAGCGUGUUGAUUAUUUGACAUACCUUAAUGUCUACGAUCACUUCUUUGACAUUCCAAGAGAAAGGAAGAAUGCUGCUUACAAGGACUACUUGAUGACACUGCUAACAUAUCUGGAGUCUUAUCUGUCUCGUGUUAAGCCGAUGCUCGAUUUCAACGAAGAAUUGAGCAUAGUGAUAGAGGAGUUCGAUAAGAAAUGGGCGGAGGGUGCAUUUCCCGGUUGGCCUAAAGAGACAUCAGGUGCUUUGACACACUCAGGAGCUCAUCUCGAUCUCUCUGCUUUUUCAUCCUGGGAGGAACUUGCUUCAUUGGGUCUGGAUCGGUUGAAGUCGGCGUUGAUGGCACUUGGAUUGAAGUGUGGAGGAACAUUAGAGGAAAGAGCUCAGAGGUUGUUUGCCAGCAAAGGAAAAGAACUUUCAGAACUGGAUGCUUCUUUUCUCGCUAAAGCCAAACCUGGCAAAGCUGUAAAGACAAAAGAGUCAGAGAUCCACAAGGAAAUAGCAUAUAUGGAAGCCCAAAUAUACCACUACAGUGAACUGUUGAGUGAGCAAAGAGCUGCCACCAGAGAAAACAUUCAACGUAAACAGGCACGAACAGUAAAUGAGAGAGAAGAAUCAGACGAUGAACAAAUGUCAGACAACAAUGACUCUGAUGAUGAUAGUAAUGAUAUUCCUUACAAUCCCAAAAAUUUGCCUCUUGGUUGGGAUGGAAAGCCAAUUCCAUAUUGGUUAUACAAGCUGCAUGGUCUCAACAUCAGUUAUACCUGUGAAAUAUGUGGAAACUACACUUACAGAGGUCCAAAGGUCUUUCAAAGACAUUUUGCUGAAUGGAGGCAUGCACAUGGAAUGAGGUGCCUUGGUGUACCGAACACAGCACAUUUUGCAAAUGUCACACUGAUCGAAGACGCCAUAGCAUUAUGGCAGAAGCUGAAAGCAUCAAAGGAUGUAGAAAGAUGGAGACCAGAAACCGAGGAAGAGUUUGAAGAUUCCAGCGGCAACGUCGUUACGAAAAAAACAUUCGACGAUCUUAGAAGACAAGGAUUAUUAUAA